GAGCUUCUUCUUCAGUGGCCCUCUCUCCUGCAGCUCACUUCAGGCGCUCAGCUCCGUCCAACAUGACCUCCUACAGCUCCUCCGCACAAACAGCUUCCUCCUACCGCCGCACCUUUGGCCACGGCGCUUAUGCCUCACCUUCCCUCAACCGUUCCUUCUUAGGUCACAGCGGAGGAGGUGGAGGUCACGUCAGCUCGAGGGUCUACGAGGUGACUCGAACCAGCUCUGCACCCGCCUACCGGGUGUCCUCCAGCUUCGUAAACAGGCCACUGGGGACCUCUAGGACCUCUGUUGGCCGCUCCUAUGCUGGAAUGGGUGAGACCCUGGACUUCAGCCUGGCGGAUGCCUUGAACCAAGAGUUCUUGGCCACGCGCACCAACGAGAAGGCCGAGCUGCAGCAUCUGAACGACCGCUUCGCCAGCUACAUCGAAAAGGUCCGCUUUCUGGAGCAGCAGAACCAGGCCCUCUCUGUGGAGGUGGAGCGCCUGCGGGGCCGCGAGCCCACCCGCAUCGCAGACCUUUACGAGGAGGAGAUGAGGGAGCUGAGGAGGCAGGUAGAGAUCCUGACUAAUCAAAGGUCACGCGUGGAAGUGGAGCGAGACAACCUUGCUGAAGACCUAGACAAGCUUAAACUGAGACUGCAGGAGGAGAUCCUUCAGAAGGAGGACGCAGAAAACAACCUGGCUGCUUUCAGAGCGGACGUGGAUGCCGCCACUUUAGCCCGCUUGGAUCUGGAGAGACGGAUUGAGACGCUGCAAGAAGAGAUCGCCUUCCUAAAGAAAAUCCAUGAAGAGGAGAUCCGAGAGCUGCAGACCCAGAUGCAGGAGACUCAGGUCCAAAUCCAGAUGGACAUGUCCAAGCCGGACCUCACGGCGGCGCUGAGGGACAUCAGGACGCAGUACGAAGGCAUUGCCGCCAAGAACAUCGCCGAUGCUGAGGAUUGGUACAAAUCCAAGGUGUCUGACCUGAACCAGGCCGUGAGUAAAAACAACGAGGCCUUGAAGCAGGCCCGGCAGGAGACCAUGGAGUUCAGGCACCAGAUCCAGGCCUACACCUGCGAGAUCGACUCCCUCAAAGGCACAAAUGAGUCCUUGAUGCGCCAGAUGAGGGAGCUGGAGGACCGGCACGGAUGCGAGGCCGCCAGAUUCCAGGAUACCAUAGCCAGGCUGGAGGCCGAGAUCGCCAACAUGAAGGACGAGAUGGCACGUCACCUGCGAGAGUACCAAGACUUGCUCAACAUUAAGAUGGCGCUGGAUGUGGAGAUCGCCACCUACAGAAAGCUGCUGGAAGGCGAGGAGAGCAGGAUUACAAUGCCAGUGCAGAGCUACUCCACUCUGACUUUCAGAGAGACAAGCCCUGAGCACCAGCAGCGUUCCUCUGAAAUGCAUUCAAAGAAAACCGUUCUCAUCAAGACCAUCGAGACACGAGACGGGGAGGUUGUGAGUGAGUCAACGCAGCGCCAACAGGACAUGUGAGGGUUUGCAGAGAUGAGGAGAGACAUCGGUCCCUGACUCAUCUGACCGUACAAAGACAAAGAAAAAAAAGAGAUUUAGGCUUAACCUUUAACAGUUUUAAGAUUACAAUUAUAAAGCUAAUACCAUUUAACUAUUUGCAGACCUUAUGUUUUUAAAUUGAACUUUAAGGAAAUAACUAAAUCUGGCCUUUAAUAGAACAUCAGAAGGGUUUUGUUCCUAUAAAGAAUUUGAAAAGACAGAUCAAUGGAGAUGGGCAUGAAAGGAAAUAAAGAUACUGUCAAACUGUGUAUUCAGGUGAUAUUAGUGAAGAAAUAAAAGGUUGGAGCAAUAAUUAAAAAA